AUGAAACACUUGGAUUUCCUUGAGAUCUACAUGCUAUUUUUUGUUAAAUCUGAGGCUGCUAAUAAGCUCUAUUUCAUCGGAUUCCUGCUCCCGUCCAUCCACUCCGCGCCGCCGUUUUUCACACAACAACCUCACCCGGGCACCAAUGCGACAGCGACAGAGCAAUGGUCGACGCUGAUACUUGCCUAUGCCAGAUAUCGCAAGCUAUUCCUUCUGCGUGUGGAAGACGCUGAGACUGCCGACGGUGACUGGGCCGAGGUACUGCGGAACGAGAGGAUAAAUCGAAAGAUCCUCCCGUCAUAUCUUACCACGCUCCUCGCCGCGAUGGUGGCGAAGAACCUCGCUGUCUUUGAGCCCGCGGGGCAAACACGCUCUGUUGUGCUCCACUGGCGACUACCCGACGAGUGGGCUGAAGUUUUACACACUUGGGCCAUCUCCACGGGUCAACUUAACACGAUUAUGACAUUCUACGAGAUCACAGACCCGCCGGUCCCCUCCCCUCUAUCCAACAUCCCCAUAAGCCUGUUGAAGAAGACUAUCGGCAUUCUAGCGAAGACGGGGCGUGCGCAGCUGAUCGCGGUGGCGGAUGGAGAAGGAGUCAGGUUUUUCCAGGGGACAGGCAGGUAG